AUGGCGGGCAGAGGGCGAAUAUGGGUGAUCGGGAUCCAAUCUCUCGGGCUGGCGGUGGCCACGCUGGCGCAGGGGGCGCUCCCGACCGCCUCGCUCAUCGGCACCCCUGCGGCGGCCGCGCCCACCGCGGCCGCGCUCGUCGCGCCCCGCGCGGCCGUGGUGGCCGGCAGCUGCCUGGCCGCGAUCCCGGCCGGCAGCCAGUGCGGCGGCAACGAGACCAACCCCUACAUGACGUGCGCCGACUUCAACAGCUGCCAGAACACGCCCUGGGCCGGCGCCUGCUGCCAGGCCGGCGCGGGCUGCGCGCAGCUGCAGUCGGACACCUGCUGGACCUGCGGCGGCGGCCUGCCCCCGUUCCUGCAGGGCCUGCCAGAGUCUGCGCCUGGCAACUGCACGUCGAUGCCCAACGGGGACUUUGACUAUGGCUGCGUCCUGGGCGCGUCGAUGUUCUUCUAUCAGGCGCAGCGCAGCGGCCGCCUGCCGGCGGACAACCCGGUGGCAUGGCGGGGGAACUCUGGGCUGAGGGAUGUGGCGCCGAACGGCAACGACCUCACCGGUGGAUGGUAUGACGCGGGCGACACGACGCGCUUCACCUUCCCGGCCGCCUACACCAUCUCCACCCUGGCGCUCGGCUACCUGGCGUUCCCUGAGGGCUACCAGCGGUCGGGUCAGGACGUCGCGCUGAAGCGCAACCUCAAGUGGGGCGCUGACUGGAUCCUCAAGGCGCGCUUCAACUCGAGCUCCCUCGUGGCUGUGACCUGGGCGCCUGGCGCGACCAUCCCCCAGGCGCACCUCUUUUGGGGCCACCCCGAGGACAUCGUCGGCCCCGCCGCAACGCGCGCUCUGCCGCCCGGCCGGCCCGGCGCAGACCUGCUCGCGCAGGCGGCUGCGGCGCUGGCGGCGACGGCUGUGAUUUUCAAGGACGACUCUGUGGACUAUGCGGGCGAGCUGAUCAGCGUGGCCGAGGGGCUGUACGCCCAGGCCAAGGAUCAGGAGGGCCUCUACUCUGACAGCGUGCCCGAGGUUAAAGGUUACUACACCAGCUUCAGCUUUGUGGAUGACCUGGCAUGGGCCGCCAGCUGGCUGGCGGUGGCCACAGGGGACCAGUACACGCGCGAGGAGGCGCGGCUCUACUGGCAGCGCCACAUCAGCGACGAGGGCGGCGGCGAGGGCAGGAGGUUUGACUACAACAACCUGCAGCAGGGCGUCGGCUACCUCAUGAGCCUGCUGUACCCCGAGAAGAAGGACCAGUACCUCCAGCCGAUCCGCAGCGUGAUGGAGCUCUGGCUCAACGAGAGGUCAAACAUCACAUUCUCACCCAAGGGCAUGGCGUACAUCGACAGCUGGGGCAACCUGCGGUACGUGGCCAAUCAGGCAUUCAUGGCGCUGCUGUACAACCGCGCGUACAAGGCCGACCGCAGCCGCCGCGCGCUCGUGUACAGCUGCUUCGCGCGCAAGCAGCUGCGCUACAUGCUGGGGGAGUCCGGCCAGAGCUACGUCGUCGGCGUCGGGUCCAGCCCCGUCUGCAGGCCCCACCACCGCGCAGCGUCGUGCGGGCCGCUCGGCAGCCGCUGCGACUGCUCCGCGCUGAGGAACCCGGGGUGUAACCCCAACACGCUGUACGGCGCGCUGGUGGGCGGCCCGGGCCCGAAGGACGAUUUCAACGAUGCGAGGAACAACUACCAGCAGAACGAGGUGGCCCUGGACUGGAACGCCGGGUUCUCGGGCGUGCUGGCCGGACUGGCUUCUGGGUCAGUGAGCAGCUGGGAGGACUGCAAGUCCGGCGGGCUGACGAGCGGCCGUGGCAGCACGAGCGGCGCCGGCGGCGCGGCGGCGCGGGGCGCCAAGGGGUGGGCGGCGCCGCUGCUGGCGGCGGCGGCCGCCGCGGCCGCGGGCGGGCUGCUGGUGAGUUGA